GCUCAUCUUCGUCCGCCUAGUCAUGCAUGCAGUAAAAUAAAACGUACUUACAUAAAACUUAUUUAAAUGAAACAAUGCGUAAUCAGAAUCCAACGUGAAGAAAAUAUUAACGCCAGAUUGUGAACGGAUCGCUGCAUAGCUAAAAAACGUUGUGUCAUUGAAAACACGUUAAAAUUCAGCGUUAACGGAUAGCAUUUUCACAGUGAAUGAUGGAUAAUAUGUAAUCGGACAAUGUAUUCUGGAACGUAACGUAUCGAGAGCGGAACAUAACGUAAAGAUGCGAGUGUUAGUGAAUUUGUUAGUUUUAUUUUCACUGCUUUUAAGCAGGGGGGAAUGUGCCAUACGGAGAUAUUACAUAGCGGCGGUGGACCAGGAGUGGGACUAUGCACCCAGCGGCCGUGACCUCGUCUUCAAUCAUCAAAGCGAAGCUGAUCUCAAAAUAAAGUCUGCAAAAGAUCGAAUAGGGAGCAAGUAUAUGAAGGCUGUAUACAAACAGUUUACAGACUCCUCGUUUUCACAAGAAAUUUAUAAACCUGCAUACCAAGGGUACGUGGGUCCGGUGUUGCGAGGGGAGGUAGGGGACAUGCUGGUGGUCACAUUCCAGAACAUGGUCACUCAGUCGUCAGCCAACAUCUCCAUCCAUCCACAUGGUCUCUUUUACACGAAAUCCCACGAAGGUGCCUUGUAUCUUGAUGGUGAGAAAGGCAUCGCCAAGCGUGACGACGGUGUGCCACCAGGGGGCAGGUUCGUGUACAUAUGGAACCUCACGGCAAACUUCGCCCCGACCCCCGAUGACGACGCGUGCGUACCAUGGGGCUAUCACUCCCACGUGGACUCUAUGGUUGACAUCGAGACGGGCCUUGUCGGCGUUUUGCUUAGUUGUAAACCAGGGACGUUAGGGCCGACAGGACGUCGCAAUGACGUUUCGCACGAGCUCGUUUUCUACGUUGACGAGACGGACGAGGCCAAAAGUCACCUGGUCAACAAGAACUUACGGCGAUGUCAGGAGCCGCGCGAGUGUCUCCAGCUAUUGCAUAAUAAAGACAAAGCAUUUCUUGAAAGUAAUAAAUUUGACCACAUUAACGGAUAUGUGUACGGGAACAUGCCUGGACUGGACGUGUGUGAGGGGGAGGAGGUGGCCAUCUACGUGUUCGCCCUGGGGAACGGCUUUCACACAAUGCAGAUAUAUGGGCAAACAUUCGUUCAUCAGAAACACAGGUCGGACGCGGUGGACAUCUACCCGGCCUCGUUCUACGCGCUCACCAUGGUCCCCAUCAACAUCGGCACGUGGCUCCUCGUGUGCCGGAACAACGACCACCUGCACGAUGGUAUGACGGCUUUUUUCCACGUGAAGCAGUGCUCGGCGGAACCACUUCCGGAGACGCCGCCGGGAAAGAAGAGGCGGUACUUCAUAGCGGCGGAGGAGGUAAACUGGAAUUACAUGCCGGGCGGCAAAGAUCUAUUUUCUGCCGGAAAGGUAGAGAUGGACCAUGGAUUUUCCAGCAACGCCCACCACCACAUGCAUCACGGUGAACACCAUGACAGUGUGGGGAAUACCUACAAGAAGGCGGUGUUUGUGGAAUACGAGGACGAGACGUUCAGGCGCAUGAAGCCUCGGCCUAUAGACGAGGAACACCUGCACAUGAUGGGACCGCCGAUCAAAGUGGAGGUCGGGGACACUGUGGAGAUAGUCUUCCAAAACAAAGCUUCUCGUCCCUACUCCAUCUUCCCGCACGGGGUCGCCUUCGACAAGUCCAUGGAGGGAUCCGUCUACUACACUGCCGAUAGCGAGGUACCGUAUGGUUUAAUCACACAGGCGGCGGGUUUCACGACGUACCGCUUCACCGUGCCAUGGACAGCGGCCCCCACGGCCGACGACCCCAACUGCCUCUCGUACACGUACCAUUCCGCCGUCGACGUCCGCAAGGACACCAAUACCGGCCUCAUAGGACCGCUGCUCGUGUGUAAGCCGGGCUCACUAAACGAGCAGGGACGCCAGGUGCACGUGAACAAGGAGAUAUUUGUGCUGUUCGCGGUGAUAGACGAGAACCUCUCGUGGUACAUCGAUGACAGCGUGCGACAGUUCGCCCCCGAGAAGGCCUCCCUGGACAAAAACGAGGAAUCCUUCAAACAUGGAAACCUCAUACAUGCGAUCAACGGGCGUAUCUACGGGACGCUGAACGGCAUGGACAUGUGCCUUGGGGACCGGGUAUCCUGGCACUUCCUAGGGAUCGGCUCCAGCAAGGACCUUCAUGGGGUCGCGAUGGAGGGGAACGCCAUGGCCGUCAACGGCCGCACAUUGGACGCCAAGAUCAUCAUUCCGGGGCUAGGCUUUACGGGUUACAUGCAUCCGGACAACGUCGGCCGGUGGGCGUUGUACUGCCAUACCCACCAUCAUCUGAUGGCCGGCAUGACCUCCAUCUACAACGUGAACGUGUGCCGCACCCCCCAGAGCCUCCCUGUGGUGCCCAUGAAACCCUCCGGUGCCGUCCGCCGCUAUUACAUCGCCGCGGUUGAGAUUGACUGGGACUACGCGCCUUCCGGCAGGGACAAGAUUAAGGACGAGUCGCUGUCUGAGUCGCACACACACGGGUACCUGUACACGCGGACGGACGGCGGUUUUCUUGGCACCAAAUACAAGAAGGCCGUCUAUCGAGAGUUUACAGACGACAGCUUUCAGUUCCAGAAGAAGCGAGGCUAUCGCGAGAUCCAUUUGGGUCUCCUCGGACCUUUCAUACGGGCAGAGGUCGGUGACGUCAUCGAAGUUGUGUUCUGGAACAAUGCCUCACAUCCGUUUUCAAUAAAACCCCACGGCGUGUUUACAAAUAAGGGCAAUGAAGGCAUGAAGUACAACGAUCAGUCCAACUUUGACGACGAUGAUGAGGUCCAGCCAGGCAACAAGUUCACGUACCGGUGGACCGUCCCACAGAGGGCCGGCCCGGGCCCUAACGAACCUAACUGUAUCGGCUGGAUGUACCACUCCGGAUCCAAUAUGAUUAGGGACACACCCAGUGGCCUUAUGGGACCGCUCGUCACGUGCAGAAGGGGGAUUUUGGACGCCCGGAACCAGCGCCUUGACCAUCAUACGAGAGAGUUCGCUCUGGUGUAUUAUAUAAUAAAUGAGAACAGGAGUUGGUACAUAAGAGACAAUAUGAACAAGAUAAAGGGCACGAUGGCUCCUCAUAUCGAAUUCGAGGAGAGUAACCUAAUGAAUGCUAUUAACGGCUAUAUCUACGGGAACACGCCGGGAAUGGUGAUGGAGGUCGGCGAGCAUGUCACGUGGUAUGUGUUGGGGCUGGGAUCCGAGGACGACUUCCACACCGUCCACUUCCAUGGACAGACGUACGUCCACCGGACGUCUAUGUCCCACCGCGGGGAUGUGGUCGAGGUGUUCCCGGGCACGUACGAGACGGUUGAUAUGUACACGGACAAUCCCGGCACGUGGCUCAUCCACUGUCACGUGAUGGCCCACCUCAGCCACGGCAUGGAGGCCAAGUACGCCGUCGUACCGAAAGGAGGCCUUAAAGCAUUGGAGGAUGCCGAGAGUAACCGCCGGCGGCCGAUUGUUCUCCACAAACUUCCGGUCGUAGGCCAGACUUCCGAGUUCGUAGAUCCGGGAGUUCAGGUGACGCGCAUUCGAAACAUCCCUCCAGCUAGCAACAUUGACGUCAAUCGGAAUCCAACUUCCGAUGCCCGGUCGACGGCGCGCAGGAACAACAGGCGCAGAAGCGCGGCGCUGGCGGCUCUCUACCAAAUUGGCUUACUUCCUGGCAACCUUCAAACACGAUCUUGACAGCACACAAAAAUGAUCAGGAAAUAAACCAUGCCAUUAUUGAUUAUUAAAUUGUUACAUUUUCA